GAAUGCCAUCUUUCGGACGGUUUGUGUGUUUUGUGUAUAAAUUUUAUUGCAAUUCAUUGUCGACUCAAUAGUAUUGAGUGAAUACAAGACAUCAAUUGAUUCACUUCUUUGUCAGUUUGCCAUUCAUUUCAAUCCCGUUUCCAGUCGUAUACCCGAAGAGCGCAUCCCAUGGAAGAGUUGGGGAUUGUAUUGCCGGAGAAGGAGGAGACCUUCGGAUCGGAUGCCAAACAUCUGGUGACCACUUCUUCGACGCCGACCCACGAGAACGAAGAUUUGGACGAUCUGUACGUGAAGUAUAAGAAACUUCAGCGACAGUUGGAGUUCCUCGAAGUCCAGGAGGAGUACAUCAAAGAUGAACAGAAGAACCUGAAGAAGGAGUACCUUCACGCUCAGGAGGAGGUGAAACGGAUUCAAUCGGUUCCGCUAGUGAUCGGCCAGUUCUUGGAGGCGGUCGACGCCAACACCGGGAUUGUCGGCUCCACCACUGGAUCUAAUUAUUACGUGAGAAUCUUGAGUACAAUCGAUAGGGAACUGUUGAAGCCGUCGUCGUCGGUGGCGCUACACAAACACAGCAACGCUUUGGUGGACGUAUUGCCGCCCGAAGCCGACAGCAGUAUCGCAAUGUUGAGACCCGACGAGAAGCCAGACGUGACGUACGCCGACAUCGGAGGCCUCGACAUCCAAAAGCAGGAGAUCCGGGAAGCGGUUGAGUUGCCAUUGACUCACUUCGAGCUCUACAAACAGAUCGGAAUCGAUCCGCCGCGAGGGGUACUGAUGUACGGACCGCCCGGUUGUGGCAAAACAAUGUUAGCCAAAGCGGUGGCUCAUCACACGACCGCUUCCUUCAUACGAGUGGUCGGCUCUGAAUUCGUGCAGAAAUACUUAGGCGAAGGCCCGCGAAUGGUUAGGGAUGUGUUCCGAUUGGCCCGAGAGAACGCUCCGGCCAUCAUAUUCAUCGACGAGAUCGACGCCAUCGCCACCAAACGCUUUGACGCCCAGACCGGCGCCGACCGCGAAGUGCAACGAAUUCUGUUGGAACUGCUCAACCAAAUGGAUGGCUUCGAUCAGACAACGAACGUGAAGGUGAUUAUGGCCACCAAUCGGGCCGACACUCUCGAUCCCGCACUCCUCAGACCCGGAAGAUUGGACCGAAAGAUUGAGUUUCCGGUACCGGACAGGCGUCAGAAGCGACUGAUAUUCUCGACGAUAACGACAAGAAUGAAUUUGAGUGAUGAGGUGGACCUCGAAGACUACGUGGCCAGACCUGACCGCAUCUCCGGUGCCGACAUCAACGCUAUCUGUCAGGAGGCGGGUAUGCAUGCGGUCCGUGAGAACCGAUAUGUAGUUCUGCCCAAAGACUUCGAGAAGGGAUACAAGAAUAACAUCAAAAAAGACGAAUCCGAACAUGAAUUCUACAAAUAAGUUAUUUUCUACUUUGAUUUCAAAGGCAUUACAUUUUGUGAAAACGUCUGUCAAAAAGCUUUUUAUUGUCUUUCUAUAAACGUAUAAAUAAAACAUAAAAAUUGUUUUUAA